AUGAUCACCAUAAACAUCGGGGACGAAAUUGGCGGGCAAACAAGGCUUUUUGACUCCAUGGUAAGCUGUUUUGUUAUUAUUUUUUUGAUUUUAGCCGAGAUUUCCAAUUUUUAGUAUAUUAUUCAUGGCAAGAGUCUUAUAAGUCGUUUGCAGGAGGCAGAAAUCAUGAAAUCCAUCAAGAGAAAGGCCGUGUGGUAGUUGCUAAAGGAGGUAAGAUUGGAUUUAGGUAUUCUUAUUUUGUUUUUAGGUAAUAAAUUAUUACCUGGAAUUCGGUUUCAUCCCGUCGGCCGUAUUUUUGCUCAAAACUAUGCCCAUUACGAUGCUCGGAUUAGACACAUGCACUAUGAGGUAAAUGAAGGUCUUUUUUCUGAAAAGGAUAAGUAAAUUUCACAUUGCUUUUGAUUUCCAGGAAGUUCAUUUAGCGUCUAUGUUCUUCAAUCCAUCAUCCCUCGACUUCGGCCAUAUCUGGCAAAACUGUUCUUCAGCCCCAUCCAUCGACUCUCCGGCCGAUUUUGGACAAUAUUGUGGAAAAACCGCAUGUUUUAUAUGA